AGAAACGCAGCGGAAACUUGUUUUGAUUCGGGUGAAUUUCCAGGAAAAGAUAAAGAAUCUGAUCAAAGUUGGAGUUUUAGCGGCGGCUCCUGGUCUGCGAUGUAUUACUAUCGCUAUGACAACGCUGAGGUCAGCUGCUGCUACAAAUACCUGAUGUUCAGCUACAACAUCAUCUUCUGGCUCGCCGGCGCCGCCUUCAUCGCCGUCGGCUUCUGGGCCUGGAGUGAGAAGGGGAUCCUGCUGGACCUGACCCAGGUGACCCGGCUGCACGGCUUUGACCCGGUGUGGCUGGUUCUGACGGUGGGAGGAAUCACCUUCACUCUGGGCUUCGCCGGCUGCGUGGGAGCUCUGAGAGAAAACAUCUGCCUGCUGAAGUUUUUCUCCGGGGUGAUUGGGUUGAUCUUCUUCCUGGAGUUGACGGCGGCCGUUUUAGCCGUGGUGUUUCAGAGUCAGGUCAGAGACUGGAUCAAUGACUUCUUCCUGCAGAACAUCCGGGCCUACCGGGACGACAUCGACCUGCAGAACCUCAUCGACUCCAUGCAGAGGAUGAACCAGUGCUGCGGGGCCCAGGACCCGGUGGACUGGGACCACAACGUUUACUUCAGCUGCAACGGGACUCACCGCAGCAGAGAGAAGUGUGGGGUUCCCUUCUCCUGCUGCAUCCCCGACCCCGCCGACACGGUGAUGAACACGCAGUGCGGCUACGACGUCAGGAAGAAACUGAAGUCUGAAUGGAGUAACCAGAUCUACACCAAGGGCUGCAUCGCUGCGCUGGAGGACUGGCUACCGGGAAACCUGUACACGGUGGCCGUGGUGUUCAUCAUCAUCUCCCUGCUGCAGAUGGUGGGGAUCUACCUGGCCAGGACUCUGAUAUCGGACAUUGAGAAAGUCAGAUUCAGCUACUGAAGCUCCUGCAGGACCAGCGUAACCCGGUGUUUCUGAUGAGAUUUCUGCCAGACGUGCCUUCCUUUCUGCCUUCCUCUUCUGCCUUCUCUCUCACGCCAUCACGGAUCUCUGACGUCAUCACGGAUCUCUGCUCCUCACGGAUCUUUAUUAACUGAAACUAUGGCCUCUAUUUUGUGUUAUUUUCUUGUUAUUUUUCUUGUUAUUUUCUUGUUAUUUUCUUGUUAUCGGCGUGUUCUAAAGAAUGUCAGCUGUUAUUUGUUACCAUGUGACCACUCUGCAUCAUGUGACCUAGACGUCUUUACUCUCAACCUGUUUGUUCCUGGAAUCAUGUGACCUGCGAGCUGAUUGGCUGCUCAGGAUCAUCCCCAUCACCCAUCUCAGGUCUCCUUUAUAACGUUCUUCUUCUUCAUCCAUCCCUCUCUUCUUCAUGUUGUGUAAAAGUCCUGGACGCCGCUGAAGCAUCAACCAUCAGACAACCAUAAAUGACGGACUGGCCCUUUAAAAGCUUCAGGUCACAUGUUUGAUUAAAUGUGAAUAUCAGAAUCUCUGACACUGGAAGUUAAUGAGGUUUAAAAGUUCUGUUAAAGUUCUGUUUGAUUAAAUAUCAAUAAAGCAGAGGCUGAUUGUGAUAUAAAGUCAUUUUCUUUAGUCUUUAACAUUAAAUCUGGCUGAACUGUUAGUGUGAAGUGUUUUUUUAUAAAAUAAUUUUUAUCUUUUUAUAUUCAUGAUAAUAAAAGUGAAUGUUGCCA